GAUUAUAUCGACUCUUAUAUUUGACAACAACAAGCGGAGAGCGGGAAUUUGUGAUCACCAGUCAGAAUUUUAUGUGGUUUUCUUUUUCUGUUUUAUACCAAUUGUCCGGAUUACAGUUGAUGCACUAAUAAUUGUGUAACCCAAUAAGGAGAAAGUCAUCGGAACAAAACGUUGGGUUCCACUGUACUCCAAAUGUCCUCUCUACCUGGUCACAUCGGGUGGCCAGUAACCGGUGAUAAGACCAUAGAGUUUUCAAAGAACCCAACUCAGUUUGUCAAGGGCAGAAUAACUGAGUAUGAAUCAAGAAUCUUCCAAACAAGAAUUUUAAACAAGCCACAUGUGUUUGUUGCCUCGAGCCAAGGAGUCAAGGAAGUUUUACAAGACCACUCAUAUGCCUUUACUAUGGGAUACAAAGACUUUGGCUACAUGUAUAGUCUUUAUGGGGAUCUCUUGCUCUUCAAUGACUCAGAUGAAGCAACAAGACUGAAAAGAAUACUAUGUUCAGUGCUACAACCUCACCAGAUGGCCCAAUGUCUUGCGGAAGUUGACACUAUUUGUAGCAGAGUGUUGGUCAACCUUCAUACUGAGCCUGUGUCUCUUUAUAAGACAUUCAAAACUGUGACAACUCAGAUCUGCCUUACGCUAUUCCUUGGGCUGGAUUUUGAGGAAGCACAAACUGAAGCUGGGCAGAUAGUUGACCUCACAAUACAACACUGGAAUGGCCUUAUUUCACUGCCUGUGUACUUUAAUGUCUACGGUCAGAAAUCUGGCUAUUCUAAGGCAAUGCUAGCGAAGAAUCGCCUUCUUGAGGUUAUCAACAAACAGCUUCUUGAAGUAGCUGAUUUGGAUGGGACUAUUAUUGGUACCCUCAAGGAAGCAGGGUUUGUAUCCCGUUCUGAACUAGCAAAUCAUCUGCUUCUGUUCGUGUCGGCCCUAGUCCCAAAAGCAUUAGCCUCGCUGCUCACAUCUUUUUGCUUGGAGCUCGCCAAACCCAGGAAUAAUGGUAUGCAAGAAAGAGCUGCUAAAGAUGACUUAUUCCUGGAUGAUGCACUUCUAGAGGUACAAAGGCUUUGGCCACCUUUCCUUGGAGGGAGGCGCAUCGCCAGACAAGAUGUAGUGAUUGAUGGCUACAGAAUACCCAGUGGUUAUCAUGUGGCCUAUCUGACCAAGGCGUCUAACACUGAUCCGAGUAUCUUUCCUGGUCCCAACCAUUUUGACCCUAAACGAUGGAGGACAAGUAACAGGGAUGAUUGUGACAGGGUGUGGACGUUUGGGGCAGGACCGAGGAAAUGUGUCGGCCAUGCUUUUAACAACAAAAUUAUCAAGUUUGUCAUGCGAUAUUUGCUACGCUACUAUAAAUGGUCACUGCCCGAGGACCAGGACUUGACGUAUAAAUGGCUCCCUGUGUCUCGGCCAAAACAUGACGUUCAAGUAGCAUUUACAAAGAAGACAGCUGACUUUUUAUGAUCAGGCUAUAACUUGAUGGGUUUUAAAAUUUGUUUAUCACGUUAUUUAUUCAUUUUCUCUAAUACAUGGUGUAUUUAUCAUAAUUCAAAAUAUGUAUUUAUUUAAUACUGUAUACUGUAUCGAACUGUAAGAAAGCAGAUGGGUAUAUCUGUAUAUUUUAUGUCACAGGAAACGAGGAGGGGGAGGGCUCAUCAGGCUUUUAAUAAAUACUUGGGCAAAACUAAAAGCUCGCGAAAAGGAGAGAAAGUGGCGGUGGGAAACUGCUCACGAAAAUUGAAUUCCGCGUAUCAAAUAUCCUCCCUCUUGUGUCUGACUUAUUUCUCCUGAUGCUGUUCCCUUGCAAAAGCUAAUAGUAUAAAAUGAUUAAAAAAAGGAAAAAAUAAAUAGCAAAUAGCGACAAA